AAAACAGUGAGAGCGCACCUCGACCGAUCAUUUACAUCCAGAACGUGAUAAAGUCAACAAAAGUUCCAUACAGUUCUGCUGUCUUAGUACACACGUCCAAGGAAUUAACUGUUCAGUGUGGUUAAUUAAUAAUUAAAUUAAUUAGUUUAAUUGAGUAUUAGUGAUUAAUUUUGUUCUUCGUAGUUUUUGGAAUUAAACCAACAUGCGUGUGUGUGUGAUCGGAGCGGGUGCGGCCGGGCUGUGCGCCGCGCGUCACCUCAUCGCGGAGGCCUGCGUCGCGGAGGUGGACGUGCUGGAGCAGUCGGGCCAGCUGGGCGGCACCUGGGUGUACACGGAGAACGUGGGCUACGACGACUUCGGCCUGCCCAUACACACCAGCAUGUACAAGAGCUUGAGAACAAACCUCCCGAAGGAGAUAAUGGGGUUCCCAGACUUCCCGAUCCCCGAGAGCGACAAGUCGUACCUCCCCGCGAGAGACAUGCUCGCCUUCCUGCAACUGUACUCCGACAAGCACGGCGUUACACGGCAUAUCAGAUUCAACCACCACGUCCAGCUGAUAAAACCCAAACAAGGGCCAACCGGGGAGCUGUGGGAUGUCACAUUCAAGGACCUCACCAGCGGGCUCAGCAACACCAAGGAGUACGACUACGUGUUCGUGUGUAACGGCCAUUACAAUACGCCGUUCAUACCCAAUAUACCAGGGCUGAAGGAGUUUAAAGGUGAUGUGAUGCACAGCCACGACUAUAGAGUACCGGACAUCUUUAGCAAUAAGCGAGUCCUGGUCGUAGGAGCCGGGCCAUCUGGCAUGGACAUCGCUUACGAGAUCACCAGCGUCACCAGGAAGGUCAUCCUCAGUCAUCACCUCAAAGAGCAGCCUCGGACGGUGUUCCCGGACAAUCUGGUGCAGAAGCCGGAUGUUGACCGGCUGGAGGGCAACAUAGCUAUAUUCCAAGAUGGUAGUCAAGAGGAGGUCGAUGUGGUAUUUCUUAGCACCGGCUAUGUAUACAACUUCCCGUUCCUCCACUCGUCGUGUGGCAUCGUAGUGGAUGACAACUGCGUGGAGCCACUCUACAAGCACCUCGUCAACAUCGCGCAUCCCACCAUGUGCUUCAUUGGCGUGCCGUACUACGUGUGCGCUUACUCCAUGUUUGACCUUCAGGUACGAUAUUAUGUACGAUCAAUGAAUGGGAGCUUCGAAUUGCCAAGCCGAGAAGACAUGACUGCGCAUUUGGAGGAAGAGAAGAGGGACCGAGCAGCGCGAGGGUUCACCAAGCGGCAGACACACAUGAUGGGGCCUGAUCAGGCAGGCUAUUACGAAUCCCUAUCAAGCGAGAGCGCUGCCACGCCGCUGCCAGCAGUCUUCACAGCUGUGCACAACGACAGCAGCCAGCGGUUCCUCGACCACCUCGCUAGCUUCAGGAACGACGUCUAUAAGCUCAUAGACGCUAACAACUUUGUGUGUUAUCGCGCUUAAAAACCCCAUAGGUAUAGAGGCAGCCAAAAAAAAAAACAGAAAAAAAUAAACAAGAAAAAAAAAAUCUUUUUGGUCGACAAAUAUUAUAAACUAUAUUAACUACGCCCGCGACUUCGUCCGCGUGGAUUUAGGUAUUUUAAAAAUCCCAUGGGAACUCUGAUUUUUCGGGAUAAAAAGUUGCCUAUGUCAAUUCCCGAGACGAAAGCUACCUCUGAACCACGGAUGGAUCUUUUAGAAUCCGGUGUGAACUCUUUGUUUUUCAGGGAUAAAAAGUAGCCUAUGUCCGUGCCCGGGAUGUAAGCGAAAUCUGUACCAAAUAUCAUCAAAAAAUUAAACUGCUGAGCCGUACAAAGCUGGCAGACAGACAGACAGACAGGCACACUUUCGCGUUUAUAAUAUUACUAUGGAAGUAUGGAUAUUCAUUACCUAAAUUUAAAAUAGCGUACAAAUAUAGUUGCUUAAGGGUAUUUCGUUGAUUGGAGGCUAGAGCGCCUAGUAGUAAGAAUUGAUAAAACAAGGCAAUAAAAAAGAAAAAUGAUUCAAUUACUUACUUUGCUUAAAAAGCAUACCUAUACGAAAAUAUAACUUUAUAGUUCUAGAAAGCAUAUUAAAGGUUCUGGCAAAAGUUAAAAAUCUAGGGGUCAUUUGCUUUGUAGGGGUCACGAGCUAAAGUUGGGAAACUCUGUGUUAAAUGUACGGCAGAUUGUGCUAAGGAAAAUUGGCCUUUGCCACGAAAUUACCUAGCUUUGCUGUUAUAAUUUGUAAGAAUAAUAAAAUAAUAAAAUCAUCUAUAUUUUAUUUG